AUCAAACACAAAAAUCGCUAAAACAAAAGAGCAAAAGUAGUCACAAACUAGGAAUGGAUUUAGCACAAAUACUACACAUGAAUGGAGACGUAGAAGAAGCAAGCUAUGCAAACAAUUCUUUAAUUCAGAGAGAGGCAAUUUCUUUGGCAACAUCUUCAAGAGUUAAAGCUAUAACAAAUCUAUAUUGCAGUUUGAGCCCUAGAAGUUUAGCAAUUGCGGAUUUUGGUUGCUCUUCAGGACCAAACACUUUAUUGGUGACCUCAGAAGUUAUUAAGGUUGUUGAAAAACUUUGUCAAGAGUUGAAUCAUCAAUCUCCAGAAUAUAAGGUUUUUUUAAACGAUUUAUCGGGAAAUGACUUCAACAGCAUAUUCAAAUCUCUUGACACAUUCAAAGAAAAACUACGCGAUGAAAUAGAAACUGAAAUAGGUCCUUGCUACUUCUUUGGUGUUCCGGGUUCCUUUUAUGGAAGAAUUUUUCCUAACCAGAGUUUGCAUUUGGUCCAUUCUUCAUAUAGCCUUCAUUGGCUAUCUAAGGUUCCAACGGGUGUAGAUAAUAAUAAGGGCAACAUUUACCUAUCGAACACAACCCCGUCAAAUGUUUUCAAGGCUUAUUACGAGCAAUUUCAUAUAGAUUUCUCUCUUUUUCUCAAGUGUCGUGCGCAAGAAUUAGUUGAAGGAGGUUGCAUGAUUCUAAUACUUAUAAGCGAAGGAUCUUCUUACGGUUGGGAGCUUCUGUCUAAAGCUAUUGAUGAUAUGGUCGUGCAGGGAAUCAUUGAAGAAGAGAAACUCAAUACUUUUAACCUUCCAAACUAUUUUCCAUCUUCAUCUGAAGUGAAAUUGGAAGUUGAAACUGAAGGAUCAUUUUCCAUCAAUCAAAUGGAGGUUUCAGAAGUAAAUUGGCAUGUUCCUGAACCUGAUAUGGUUGAAUCAGUAGUAAAAACCACGAAGGCUAUACUUGAACCUUUGUUAAUUAGUCAUUUUGGAGAAGGUGUCACUAAAGAGAUAUUUGAGCAUUUUAGAAAAAUAUUAACAAGUGGGAUAUCCAAAGAGAGAGCUAAGAUGAUAAAUCUUACCAUAACGUUGACUAAAAAUUAAACCAUGAGCAAAUCAUUUUGUUGUCACAAAAUGUUUGUAUUUUCUCUGAUUAGAUUAUGUGUAAUAAACAAGAGGUUGAUACAAUUUAUUCUUUGUCAUGGAACUGGUUUAUGGUAGACCUCGUGUAUUUUUUUAUAUAUUUUUUGUGAGUGGAUAGUAGAACCUUACUAAUGCUUAAUUAGAUAAUGGUAAUAUUUAUCUUUACCUUUCUUGCUUUUUGGUUCUUAAUUCUCUUUGUAUUGAGUUUUGGUUACCCUUUAUAUACUUACCCAAGUUUAUAGGUGCAAGUUAGUAUGAUGAAGUUAAGAAGUUAAUCCAUCAUGGUGAACUACUAAAACACAUAUUGUAAUAGGUCAAACAGGUUUUCUAUCAAUUUACACAAUUGUCCAAUAACUUCUUUGAUUACUUUUGUAUUUUUAUAAUUUAUAUAAA